GUGGACGGACGUGCUUCCCUUCCGCUCGUGUGCCAUCACAGUGCAGGAUAAAGAGAGGGAGAGGGUUCUCUUGAGGAAACGCGCUCAUGAGGAAGGAGGUUCAAGUACGGACGUCUUGAAUGUUAGGUAGAACUGCUGAGAGUACUACAGUGAGGACCUUACGCGUGUGGCGAAGUUUGAACACAAACAGGUGGCAAAACAAUAUGUCAUUUUGGCGUUCUUAAUGACACUGUUAAUUUUGCAUGCUAAUGCAAGAAAUCUUCACACGCUUACCACCAUUAAGGCGGCACAUUACUAAAACCUAGGUCUGAACAUAAGAAUGACAUGGUGCUAACCGGGGUGCCGACCCUGAUGGUGGCGCUGGUCCUGGGCACUUCGGCGAGCCCUCUGCCUGUGCGUGUGUCCCCUACGGCUUCCCACCAGGAGAGGUUGAAGGCCGCGCGUGCUCUUCUGCAGGAGUCUCCCUUAGUCGAUGGCCACAAUGACCUAGCCUGGAACGUCCGGAUGAUCCUGCACAACAAACUCCGCACCUUCAAUCUGUCCAGCGACCUGACCCAAGAUAAGCCAUGGCGGAAGUCCCCUUACUCGCAGACAGACCUCCCGCGCCUGCGUAAGGGGCACGUCGCGGCGCAGUUCUGGUCCGUCUACGUCCCUUGCGAGGCGCAGUACAUGAACACGGUGCAGUUGUUGCUCGAACAGAUUGACGUCAUCAAGAGGAUCAUAGCUGCCAGCCCCAGGGAGACGAAGCUGGUGACGUCGUCGGGAGAGAUCCUUGAAGAAUUCGGGUGUGGUCGCGUGGCCAGCCUGUUGGGCGUGGAGGGAGGCCACGGUCUCGGCAGCAGCAUGGGCGUGCUGAGGGCGCUGUACGAUUUGGGCGUGCGCUAUCUGACGCUCACCCACAAGUGCCACACGCCAUGGGCCGAGUGUUCUGAGACGAUUAACCACGUGGCACCCAAUGCUCCAGGCCUCACGCAGUACGGCAAGGAGAUGAUCCUGGAGAUGAACCGCCUGGGGAUGAUGAUCGACCUCUCCCACUCCUCCAGCCAGACGGCGCGGGAUGUCCUGGCCACCACGCGGGCCCCCGUCAUCUUCUCGCACUCGGCUGCCCACGCCCUCUGCGACGCCCCGAUGAACGUUCCUGACGACGUCAUCAGCGCUCUGGUCGAGAAUGAUGGUGUCAUUAUGGUGAGCUUCUACAACGAUUUCCUCACGUGUGGGAAACCUAGCAACAUAGCCAGUGUUAUUGAACACAUCAAUCACGUGCGCACGAUGGCGGGCGUCGAUCACGUGGGCGUGGGCGCUGGUUACGACGGCAUUAAUAGGACUCCCGAGGGCCUGGAGGACGUGUCCAAGUAUCCCGAGCUGUUCGCCGAGCUCCUGCAGGACCCGUCGUGGUCGCUGCAGGAUCUGAAGAAGCUCGCGGGACUCAACUUCCUGCGGGUCUUCGGGAAAGUGGAGGAGGUGAGCCAGCACCUGUCGGAGGAGAAGCCGUCGGAGGAGAUCAUCCCCAUCCACGACAUCGACGCCAAGUGGCCGUGCAGGUACAAGUUCGCCAGCCUCGACAACGCCCUCAUCUGACCUCAUGUGACCUUAUUCGAAGACGCGGCUUAGGAAGGGGGAGAGGCCUGUUUCCGGUGUUUUGGGGAAGGAGAAUCUUGGUUUUUCGUUUUUUUAGGGGGUACUGAG